AAAGAGAUCAUCAGCAAGAAAAAAAUGGCAGCUUUGAGUUCCACUUCAUGUCUACACUCACUUGCUGGCCACGAAAGAUACUUCCUCUCAUGUAAAACAUCCCAAUUUUCAAAACCCUCGUUCAUAAAACCUUCUCUGAAGAAACCCAGAUUCUCAGUUCCGUUUUGCAUCAAGCAAAGUGAUCUUGACCAGAAGCAAAUUAAACAAGAAUCUAGCAGAGAAGAAGACAAAGAAGAAGAAGAUGAUUAUUGGGUUGUUACAGCCGUAAGAAGCAAAUACAAUGAGAUUGUUAUAGUUGAUACUGUUGAUGCCCGAUAUCUCCUCCUUGAUUCAACUAAGAAUGCACAUAGUGUUAUCAACAAGGGGGGUGAGAAUUGGACUGAUUCUUAUUGGGAUGAGUUUGCAAGUUUGCCACCUAUUGUCCCUGAUGGUCCCAUUGCAAUCUAUGGAUUGGGUGGUGGAACAGCUGCAAGACUGAUUCUUGAGUUGUAUCCUUCUGUUCAGCUUGAGGGUUGGGAAAUUGAUGACAUUUUGAUUGAGAAAACAAGAGAGUAUAUGGAGCUAUCUGAGUUAGAGAAGCCAACACCAAAAGGCGGUAGUCUUCGUGUUCUUGUAGAUGAUGCUCUUUCUCCUUCUGAAGAUGUUUCAGGAAAAUAUGCUGGGAUCAUUGUUGAUUUGUUUGCUGAUGGAAAGGUCUUAGAUCAGCUGCAACAGGUUCAAAUGUGGCAUGAUCUAGCUAGCAGGCUGAUGCCUAACGGUCGCAUAAUGGUGAACUGUGCCGGAAUCGAAGAAGAGAAAGUUGUAACAAAUGAGAAACCUAAGUUGGUGUUAGGUGAUUCGGUUUGGAUGUUGAAUCCUACCAUCAAGGUCAUGUCAGAAGCAUUCCCUGGACAGGUUUACUGGAAGAGGACGCCAGAUUCAGAAGGCCUUAACUUUGUUGCAUUGACCGGAGGAGAACCUGAUCUUAGUGACUGGUCUAGCAAAGUUCCAGUCCGUUUGAGUGAACCAGUGAAGCAAUGGAAACUAUGCGAGGAUCUUUGAUUCAUGGAUGUUUUAGAAGGCAUUUUCAACAUUUGACAUCAAGAAAGAAGUCAAACCAUCAAAGAGUUUAUUAAGGAUCUCAUCAAGAAAAUGCUAAUAAAUUGAUAAGAAGCUCACAUUUGAACAGUGAGAUGCUUUAUGAAAUGAGUUUAGACAUCUUUGUAAUUACAUUUUAAUUUUCUAAACGUAAGAAAAAAAGACAACACAUCACACGCUUUG